AUGGAGUCCAAGAUCCCCGAUUUCCUGGCCGAGCAACAGGCGCAGGGCACUCCCGAGACUCAGACCUAUCUCCUCACCUUUGAAGAUUUCUGGGAGCGCAAGCUAUGGCAUCAACUGACAGAUGCACUUGUUGAGUUCUUCCGCAUGCCAGAGAGUGCUCCGCAGCGGUUAGCCUUCUUCAAGACCUUUGUUCUCAGCUUCGCCGACCGCAUCAACCAGCUCAAGUUCGUGUCCCUAGGGUUGAUGGCAUCGACGGAAUGUGGAGAUGACAAGGAAGCGCUGGCUUUCCUCACAUCCCUCGCCGAAAAGGUCGACAAACCCGAAUCACAAGAUGCGUACGUAUACGCGCUCGCCGACGUUGCCAAUGUCAAGUUGCGUCUGCAGGAUUUGGAUGGUGCACAGAAGGACCUGGCGUCUUGCCAACGGGUGCUCGACUCGUUCGACUCCGUUGAAUCAGUCGUUCACGCAUCAUUUUACAAAACUAACGCCGACUACCACCAUGCCAAGCAAGAAUUCGCUUCUUACUACAAAAACGCCCUCCUGUACCUGGCCUGCAUCAACCUCGAGGAUCUCCAAGAAAGCGAGCGCGCCGAGCGCGCCUAUAACCUCAGCGUCGCCGCGUUAGUCUCCGACUCAAUCUACAACUUCGGCGAGCUGCUCCUUCACCCGAUCUUGGAUUCCCUGACCGAGACACCGCACAACUGGCUUCGCGAGCUUCUCUUCGCCUUCAAUCGCGGUGACUUGACCGCCUACGACGUCCUCGCGGGCAACAUCAGCAAGAAUAAGCUCCUUGAGUCCCACAAGGUCUUCCUCUAUCAGAAGAUCUCCCUGUCCGCGCUGACGGAGAUGGUCUUCCGUCGUCCUCCCCACGAUCGCUCCCUCGCAUUCAGCGCCAUUGCCUCUGAGACGAAGGUGCAACCGGAUGAGAUCGAGCACCUGGUCAUGAAGGCUUUGUCGCUUGGUUUGCUGCGCGGUUCAAUUGACCAGGUUGCGGGUGUAGCGCAAAUCCACUGGGUUCAGCCUAAGGUCUUGGAUAUGAAGCAGAUUGAUGGUAUGCGGAACCGUUUGAAGGAUUGGGAUGCGGGUGUUAACCAGCUCGGUCACUGGAUCGAGGGUGCUGGCAAGGAUGUAUGGGCUGCAUAG